UGUCAGUUGAAGUGAAGGGAAACACUGAAAAUGAGUAUUAUGUCUCUCUAGGCAAGAGGCUAAAGAGACGGUCUGAAGAGUUCAGGAACACAGUCAACCUCAACGCUAAGGAAAUAGCUAAAGAAAAACGGAAAUAAAAUAGAUUCUAAAUGGAAACGUGAGUACAAGAUGAAGCUUAUCUAUCCAAAUAAGCAUUCCUAAGGCAGAACACAAGAAGAUAAUUGAUGUUUUACAGAAAUAAGGAAGAAUGGCCUAAAAUAUUGAAUAGUAUGUACAGUAUUGAGGAAGAAACCCCUCAACCUGAAGAGCCAAAAGAACCCAAAGAGGCUCAUAAGCCUAAAAAUUUCGCAAAUAUUGGAAAAGAAGAACUUAAUAAACAUCUUUCUGGUGUACAGUCGAUCGAAUUGAGGAUAAAUAAUAGUACUAGUAUAUUAGAUGUCAAACAAACUGAUAAAGAAUCCUCAAGGUCAUCGACAAUUAGUAUCAGGAAAAAUCUAAAUGAGAAUUAUGAUCCAAAAAUGCGAGAGAAACCACCAAGUAUAUAUGAAAAAGUUGGCUCAAUACACUCUGUCCAUACUCAAUCUCAUUCAAAAGAGCCUGUUUCGAAGAAAUCCUUGCUAGGACCAGCCAAGACUUUGCUUAACAAGUCACGUAAAAUAGCGAAACAGAGACAAUCCAGAAGUGUUUCUCCAUCUAAAAAGUUCCAACAAAGGAGAGAAAAGUGGGUGUACAAGCCCUCACCAGACGAACUUCUUAACAGAGAUCCCUCGCCUUCUGAAUUCCGAUCCAGAUGCCGGACCAACAUGAAGAAUGCUAUUGAUGAGAUCAAGAGAGGCUUUAAUCAGAAUAUUUACAUGAAAAAGGUGAUUAGUAAUAUUAAGAAUCGGACCAGAAUAAAACUCAACAAAGCUGCGAUGAGUGUCCCAAAGAUCUGGAUGAGUCAGGAAGAACUCCAGAGGACCAACAAUGCCAAGUAUAAGAUCACUGGGUCAAGACUCAAGACUAUUUUUGGGAAUAAGGCACAAAAUGUGCCAAAAAAUCGAAAUAAAUGCUCUACCAAGCAUGAAGGACUCAGUUAUACAAUGAAUACUUUUGAAUACGCAGACUCUAGGAAUAUGAACAAGAGUGCACAGGGAAUCCUUAAAGCUUCCAAUUCAGGAAAGACUAUUAAGUUCAAAAAUGAAGCAUCUCCAAUAGAUUACUCAACAACCUUCCAAUGCGAGCUAGGAAAUAGCUUUGAAUCUAAAUUCUCUACAUGAAACACGAAUGAUCCAAGGGUAAACUUUCCUGAUUUGGAUAACAUCAACGAGGGACCCUUCUGUAACUCCAAAACAAUGAUCAUUCAGGACAACCAAGAAAUGAAAACAUACUCAGUCCAUGAAGAUGAUUUUUAUAGCAAUAUGGACUCUAAGCUCGGCAAGAGCUUGAUAGAUCUGAUCAAUGAGAAGUCUCCUAAUAGCAGAGUUCGCAAUAAAGACCUGAGAAAGGACUCUAGGUCGAGGAUGAACUUUAAGCUACCCUCUUUCCCAUUCUGUAAGACUUGUAAUAAGAACAACACUGAUUUCCUUCAGAACAAGAACUAUUUAGUCUUCCGAGAUGAGAGAAGCAAUAGUGUGUUAUACCCAAAAGACUCUUUUAUCUCAAAACUUCAGAGUGGAGAACUAGAAGUAGCCAACGGCUUCAAGAAUAUCAAGAUGAUACAUAAGGCUAUAGAGGACUAUCAGAUCAAGAAUGGUGCUUCUCCUGAGAGGGAUUUUGAUUACUCGUUUGCUAAGAAGUAAUAUCUAGCCCCUUACUUUCAUUAUCCUGAGCAACAAAACCAAAUAUUCAAUCUCUAAUAAC